UACCUAUAUAAAGGUGUAUCACAGGUGCAGAAUCAAUCGGUAGCGAGAAUGUCUCUCUCUGUAAUACUGCCUGCUUUUGUGCUGCUGGUGUCCGGGGCGGGGCGCGGCGCACAGGCAAAAUACCUGUGCAGCGAGAGUCUCACCUGCACAGCGGUGGGAUACUUCUCCAGGUGCGACAACUUCUGCGACACCCAGUACUUCGCUUGCGACGCCGUGGGGGACCAGGCCACGCUGUUCACGUGCCCCGGGGAGACGGUCUUUGACCCUGACCCGGGCCACCCCUUCUGCGUCCCCUUCGACAACUGCACCACAAAUACCUGUCAUACCCUCCCCCUCUUUUCCUGCCAGGGCUUCUAUACCUAUCCGCGCUGCGACAACUGCAGUCAGGAUUUCUUCUUGUGUUCGUCGACAGGCCAGUUACCUAGGAGAGAGACGUGUGCCGCCGGGAUGCUGUACAACCCCGUCCCUUCCCUCAGGGGCUGCAUCCCCGCCAGCGAGUGUCCGUGCACCACCGACGACUGCUGAGCCACGCUGACCCCUCCUCCCGUACCCGGUAGCCAUCGGACCAUCCGGGUACGGGACAGUGUCCAGACAGACCCCAGUGACACACUGUCAGGCAGCCCUCAUCGGUCUCUAAGUUGCGGAAUUUACGCAGACAUCAAAACCCACGACACUGACCUCCCUUCCGGCCGCUCGUUCCUCUUUCUUGUGUCGGAGCAGCGCCUGGCGGGCUUACUGUUGCUGCCUUCGUCUGUGCCCCUGAGCUCCCUCCCUUGCUGGAAACAACAACAACAACAAUAACAACCCACACAGCAAUAUCCACUGUAAUGAUAGACACUAGAAAACAAUUUAUAAACAACAAAAUUCAAUAAAUAUAACAAAAACAGUCGUCUAAAGCUGACUGACCAACCGAUUUUUUUAUUUUUAAGCCGCCAAACCCGCUAUUAAUGCUUGGAUACGGGAAAGUAAACUCGGAUAUGGACUUAAUAAAGCCAAGGUAUACUAUCCGGAUAUGGAGCAUGUCCGGAUUCGGGAGGUCCGGGUCCGGGAGGGAUUACUGUAUCUCCUUUUUGAAGUUCAUGUAUCCAGUUUGUUUCUGUGGGUUUGUUUCUGCUCCUCUUUCUCCUUCCCUAUUUCCUUACUGAAGUUCAUGUAUCCAGUUUGUUUCUGUGGGUUUGUUUCUGCUCCUCUUUCUCCUUCCCUAUUUCCUUACUGAAGUUCAUGUAUCCAGUUUGUUUCUGUGGGUUUGUUUCUACUCCUCUUUCUCCUUCCCUAUUUCCUUACUGAAGUUCAUGUAUCCAGUUUGUUUCUGUGGGUUUGUUUCUGCUCCUCUUUCUUCUUCUUCCUGAUCUCCUUUUUGAAGUUCAUGUAUCCAGUUUGUUUCUGUGGGUUUGUUUCUGCUCCUCUUCCUCCUUCCCUAUUUCCUUACUGAAGUUCAUGUAUCCAGUUUGUUUCUGUGGGUUUGUUUCUAUUUCUCUUUCUCCUUCCUUAUUUCCUUACUGAAGUUCAUGUAUCCAGUUUGUUUCUGUGGGUUUGUUUCUGCUCCUCUUUCUUCUUCUUCCUGAUCUCCUUUUUGAAGUUCAUGUAUCCAGUUUGUUUCUGUGGGUUUGUUUCUGCUCCUCUUUCUUCUCCUUCCUGAUCUCCUUUUUGAAGUUCAUGUAUCCAGUUUUGUUUUGUUCUUGGGUUUGUUUCCAGUUCCUCUCUCCCUUCUCCAUCCUAAUGCCCUGUGCCUGUAAACACGAGUAAAUAAACUAACGAGAACAUGA